CAGGCAGGGGCCGCCAUUUUGACUGAGCAACCCUAGUGACAGGAGCCGAAGAAGCAGCGCAGGUUGUCCCCGUUUCCCCUCCCCCUUCCCUUCUCCGGUUGACUUCCCGGGCCCCCUACACUUCACAGUCCUGGUCCCGCCAUGUCCCAGAAACAAGAAGAGGAGAACCCUGCGGAGGAGACCGGCGAGGAGAAGCAGGACACACAGGAGAAAGAAGGUAUUCUCCCUGAGAGAGCUGAGGAGGCAAAGCUAAAGGCCAAAUAUCCAAGCCUAGGACAAAAGCCUGGAGGCUCCGACUUCCUCAUGAAGAGACUCCAGAAAGGGCAAAAGUACUUUGACUCAGGAGACUACAACAUGGCCAAAGCCAAGAUGAAGAACAAGCAGCUGCCAAGUGCAGGACCGGACAAGAAUCUGGUGACUGGUGACCACAUCCCCACCCCACAGGACCUGCCCCAGAGAAAGUCCUCACUCGUCACCAGCAAGCUUGCGGGUGGCCAAGUUGAAUGAUGCUGCCCGGGGCUCCGCCAGAUCCUGAGACGCUGCCCUCCUGGGUCCUGUGCUGGCUCCUGCCCCUCCCUGCUUUGGCAGCCAGGGGUCAGGAGGUGGCUCGGGUGCGGGCUGGAGAGGCAGAAGCCCCUGCCCGUCGGUGUCCCAGCGCAUGGAGCCCCUUGGGCUGAGCACCAAGACCCUGAACCUUUUUUGUUUUACCUUUUUUCCAAAUAAUUGUUGGGAGAAAUCUCAGUGAAAUCCUGGGGGGUGGGGGGUGGGGUGGGGGGGUUGGUGUUUGAGAGGGUGGGAUGGGAAAUUUGUGGGGGAUAUGAAAUAGGACUUGGAGUUGAUAAAAACAUUCCUGACUAUCUUCCUUCCCAACCAUGUGGCUGGUGUGGGAUGGGUGUAAGGGGGAGGAGUGGAGCAGAUUCCAGAUGAAGAGUUCUGAUUCAGCUCUGUAGAAAAAUGCCUUGUUUGCUUGGAUGUGGCUGGGGACCUGGGGUCAGAUAAAAGAAACUGUCCAUCUAAAGAUGACAGAAGCAAACAACCCCUCUGGUCCCGCAGAGCAAGCUGAGAACCCAAUGUUAAUUGUUCAUUUUAAAAAGUGCUGUCCUUGAAAUAGAUUUGCUGUGGGGAAAAGGGCAGUGAGUGUGGGGAAAGGGGCCAUGAGCGUGGGGAGCCCCACAGAGCCCAGGGGACUUUUUGAGUAUUUGAAAUAAAAAAAAAAAAAGAAGAUGACCCACAAAAAAACACAACCCAGAAAUAUUCUGAAGCAGUUGGUGUGUUUUAUUGGGGUUUGGGGAAAGGGAAGAAAAUGAAACUGAAGACAGCAUUCAGGGGAGAAGCUGGUAUGGGGCCCUGAGUUUUAAGGAACAGGGGCCCUUAAUACAGGAUGUGACUGGGCUUGCCGCUUCCGUCACUCAGGGAGAGGGAACAGGGAUAUUGGUGUAUAGAUCAGGGCUUUUCUGGACUCCUGUCCAUCCCUUUUGUUUGUGUAGCUAGUGUAGAAGAUGUGUCAACGUCGGGUUUUGGUUCACAAAAUAAGGAAUCUGAUCUAGUUUAUUAACACCUAGAGCUUAGUAUAGGCUAAGCAAAAAAGGAAGCCCACUCUUCUUUUCCCUUUUAGUCUUCCAUUCCUUCAUAAGUUCUUAAGUCUGUGAAGGAGAAAUGUGACCUCUGGUCAUAAGCCAAAAGCUCAACCUUUCUGUUUGUGGCCAGCAGGAGGCAGAGUGACUUACUUCCUCACCAUUGUCACAAGUAUCACUGGAAUCCUGCCGCUGCAAGAAGUUAAAAAUUGCCUGUGAAUGUAACCUAGAAAAGAAACAUUACCAAAGGAGAAACAAACUCACCUGUCUCUCCGAGACACACACCAACAUUCACAUACAGUAGAUGAAAUCUACUUACGCAUUUUGCCCAACUUUGAGUAGGAGAGUUUACUGUGAUAUUUUCCCAAGUGUGAUUGGCUUCUCAAAUGAGUAUGCAUCAAGGAAGAUAAAGUCCAGGAGACAUAGAUAUUCCAGCGAACUCUCCAUCUUCUUGAAGGUGACGGGUAAUUUUAAACUAGACUAGGAACGUGAUUGUCAGUAUCUAACUCAUUCUUUCUCUUUAAUCAGAAGUUUUCCAAAUACGUUUUCAGUUCCUCAGGAUGUUACGGACUUGCUGUCUUCUGCUUUAGCCAGGAGAUGGUGAUGCCUCUUAGCCAUCAGCCUUUCUGAACCGCAUGCUAGACACUGAGCCAGCCAGGUGGUAUGGAGGUACAUUAAAGACAUUCCCUACCAUUGUGGGGUUUAUUGUCUUUGUGAAAGAAGACAUCUGCAAAAGUUCACAUACUUGAAACUUACAAACUCAAAGCUAGGAGCUGUACACACACAGAUAGAAUGUUUACUGUAGUGUGGGGUUAGUCUUCUCAUCUUUAUUCCCCUUCAGCCAAUCCCAUGACUUCUUUUUGAGCAUGACUUCCCUAGUGUAUGUUUGCCAGGUGCAUACACCUGGGGAGUGAGAUCAGUGAGGCUGAAUGUGGGAUCAUUUGGUGCAGGUUCGUUUUAAUACAGAUAAAGUUGAAGUGUAGAAAUUAUUUAGGAGGUGGCAAAGUUAGGUUGCUGAAGAGAUCGAGAUAGUCUCUCGGCUUAUAUAUAUGACUUUUCCAAUAUUCCUGGCUUCCCUGGUCCUUAGUUCUAAGCUGUAGCCUUGAGGGAUCCUGAGGGGCUGAGAAAGGACUGUGGCUAUCUCUAUUUUAGUGUAGCACCUUGCCAUUCCUUCUCCCUCACCCCCAUACUACAGGGCCAGGCAAGCAGGACAGAUUGCUCUGCAGUGCCUCAAGUAGCUAUUCCUGCCCACAUCCCAAAGAGUGUGGUAAGGGUUCUUCCACUCCUCCAACAUAAUUGAGUGAUGAUUGUACUAACAGUCGUCUUGACCAUCUGAUACACAGGGUGGCAGGGAUGAAGUCACCAUUAUUAUUGUCCAGCAGCAUUUAUUUUAAGCUAAUGUGGCCCGGGCAUGGAAAAUGCAGGCAAAAUAAAAAAAACUUGGAGCCUUUCCAUUGAGAAUAUCUGCAGUGAGCCAGCAGUACUCACACGAGCAAUCCUCGGGUGUAUAGUGCCCUCUACCGGGCCUUGACGGGGGUUAACUAGGAAAGGGAAGCUAGGACUUGACAGAGGCAUACAAAUAAAUGCAAAUUCUAAGCAGAAUUCUAAGGGAAGGAGAAUCAGGAGAAGGGUUGUUAGCUAACUUUUCUUAAGAGACUGGGGACUUACUAAUGAGGUGAGGCCUCCCGUGCUUGGGCAAGAAUAUUUUCAUUCACCGGUAACUGCUGAACACCCACUUUGCAGUUAGAAAUAUUAGCUGUUGUUGGGCAGAUAGACCAUGUAAGAGAUGGUGUCUGCCCUGGAGGCACUUGAAGCCUCAUUGAGACGAUGCUUCUACAUAUAAUGCAAGGCAGCAUAUCAUCAGUCCAUCUGUAGUAAAAGAAUCCCAAGAAGGGA